ACUCUAAGCAAACCCAGGAUGAAUCGAGGGCUAGGUGAUGCAGAAAAUGCUCACAGUAGCAGUGUGGAGUCCUGUCCUUCCUUACGGGAUGUCCACUCCAUCAACCCCACGCAGCUGGUGGCAAGGAUUGAGUCCUAUGAAGGCAGAGAGAAGAAAGGCAUAUCAGAUGUCAGAAGGACUUUCUGUUUGUUUGUUACUUUUGAUCUCUUAUUCAUAACCUUGCUGUGGAUAAUAGAAUUAAAUGUUAAAGGAGGCAUUGAGACUACCUUAGAGAAAGAAGUCCUACAAUAUGACUACUCUUCUUCAUAUUUUGAUAUAUUUCUACUGGCAGUCUUUCGAUUUAAGGUGUUAAUACUUGCAUAUGCAAUGUGCAGACUGCGCCAUUGGUGGGCAAUAGCUUUUACAACAGCAGUGACCAGUGCCUUUUUAUUAGCAAAAGUAAUUAUUUCACAGCUGUUCUCACAGGGUGCUUUUGGCUAUGUGCUUCCCAUCAUAUCCUUCAUACUUGCCUGGAUUGAAACGUGGUUCUUGGACUUUAAAGUGUUACCACAAGAAGCUGAAGAAGAGAACAGAUUUUUAAUAGCACAGGAUGCUUCUGAACGAGCAGCUCUUCUUCACUCAGGAGUCCUCUCUGAUGGGCAGUUCUAUUCUCCUCCUGAGUCUGUGGCAGGAUCUGAUGAAGAGUCUGAAGAAAAACAAGACAGUGAAAAACCAGUUGUAUAGCAAAUAGGAGAAAGCAGCAACCUUCAAGCAGGAG